GGUUCGAACCCUGAUUGCGUCGGUUCAAAUUAUCGUCAUGAGUGGGUGAAACAUAGACCAUGCAGACCAUCUCUGGCCGCCGUCUAUCGCGUGUCAUCCGGAGUCGCUCUUGUCCUGUCCCGUCCUCACCUGGUGAAAUGCUCUGGUGGCCGCUGCGUGGCGUCCAGGCGAGCCUGGCGCUGUGCAUGCUAAUCUUGGGGGCGUGGCCGAGAGCGAGAGCAGACGUCGUUUAUAACCGCCCAGCCAAGGAUGACCCAUCAGCAGAAUACGCUGCUUCUGCGGGGAAUCUGGAACACACGGCACCGGGGACGCCAAACCGCGGUAAAGUGGUCAACAUUGGCACCGUGGAGGAACUUUACCACAUGAUGGGGAAGAACAUGCCUGGUGGUGCUGCCGCCUUUGAAGUCCAUUCCAGGAGGGCCAAGGAAAGUGACGGCUCUUUUCCCAGUGCCACAGAAGACUCCUCGUUAUUAGGCCGUGACGCCGUGGAAAAUGUAUCAGAUGGUGACACGGUGUUAGAGAAGCAAAUGUCACGUGAUGGAAAUGAGGAUGGAAGAUCAGAUGUUGCUGCUGGUGGUGGUCUGUCUACUGGAGGUGGCAGCUCUGAGGCUGACCAAUCUACUGGUGAUGGCACGGAGGCUGACCUGUUUAUGGAUGCCAUGAGUAGUGAAUAUCCUGCAGCAAGUAAUGACAUGAUGGAAGAGGUCUCGGAAUCCAGUGUUACCAUUGAAGAAAUUCAGAUUGUUACCACAGGAGGAGAUAACUUGUCAGAUUCUGGUGACGUAGAUGACACUCCCACUGAUCCAGUGUACAUUGAAUCUCUUCCCACCUACAGUGAUGUGGAGGACGUGCACUCGUAUGAUGUAGAUGAAAAUAAGAUUCCUUCAGUUUACCGAGGGAAAGACGUUUCUGCUGAAGAUGUGCGCAAGGGGAACUCGAUUCCUGAAGGUGACUUUCCUGAAGGCGACAAUCAGAUUAGCAUGGAAGAAGUUUACUCCCAACCUGGCAGCCUCGAUGUGGAUGAGGAAUUGUCCAAGAUGAACAUGAAGAAAGGGGAUCUCUUGUCCAACAUGAGCACGGAUAAGCUGAACAGCUUGUUGAGGUUCUGGAUGAACUGGCUGAAGAGGGAACUUGAGGCAAUGUACCAGAAUGAACUGAAGCGAUCAGAUGUGCUGUGGGACAACAUCACUGGUGCCAUUGUGGAGGAGCAGGGCUAUGGUGGUAGCCCAAGGUCUGCUGCAGCGCUGUACGGGGAACGCCCAGUGUAUGGCCAGACACCAGCACCCUACCAGCAGCAGGCUCCUGUGACUCAAACUCCUGGAGAGUUUUGGCAGCCUUACAUAUUUGACACUGGUGUUGGGAAUAGGAAAAAUGUCAAGAUUGAGGGUGUGACUGUGCAAGGAAGUCUGCAAGGUGCAAGUGUUGCCAAGAUCAUUCAUGUCAACCUGCCUACACUGUCUGUGCUAUAUGUGAGCCAGGAUGGAUUUGGUUACAUGGAAGUGAAUGGGAAAUUGGAGCGUCUUGUGAUGUUGAACAAGUGGACGCAGAGUUCCUCAGGCUGCCAGUGUGGGGCUGGUGUUGCAUCUCAGGAGUGUGCUUGCUGUAUGCCUGGUGGUUGUCUGUGUCAAGGGACUCCCAACAUGUGUGUUGCUUGUGGUACAGAGUACUCCUCCUGCCAAAGUGCUGGUCAGUCGGGAGUGUACGUAUCUGUGGCGGCUGGAUCGGUGAUCUCGUCGCAGGACGGCUCCCUCCAUUUCAAUGUAUUGGCUGUAGCUCAUGGCAGAUCCAUCAAUUUCUUCAGUCACAGUUCAUCUGGUGUCAGUCUACAGUGGCUUGGCAGCAUGACCUUGCAGCAGGAAGUCACCCACCUGGCCUUUGGCACCACCUUCACGGACCAUGAUGAGGCCACAGUGGAGAACGCCUUCCUGGUGAUAUUCAGCAGAGGAACCACAGACCAGCAGUUCAAUGAGAUCAUUGUCAGCUCCAUGGCACCAACCUUCACUGUGGGACCGCCAGUUAAGUGGCAGGCCAAGGGGCAAUCCAUGAGGGCACACCAGGGGGAUGGCUACGUGCUGGUCUUGGUGCAUGACCACAACUACAUUAAUAUUUUUGCCCUUCAGGAGGACAAGUGGAUGACACGCCACAUGAUCCACAAGCACACCUUCAAGGGCACUUUUCACUCCUGGCUGGCCUUUCGCAUUAACUUUGAGACCUACGUGGCCUUGGCAGCACGGCGACACAUUGUGUUCUACCGUUGGAACAGGGUGGAGGCGGAGUUUGAGCAGUUCAACACAAUAUACAUGGAUGGUGCGAUGUCCAGCAUUGAGGGCCUGGUGGCUGUCAACGUUGAGUCUUGCCGGGAGGAGGUAUCAGUAGUGGUGGUGGGACAUGGCAAGCAUGUGGCAGUCUUUGCCCUGCAGUACAACUUUACUACAUCCACACACACCUUUGUUAUGGAGUUCACAGGCAGCCUGCAAGCAACUCUGGACUGGUCUAUUGUUGCUCAUCACUUGACUGGAACUUCUAGGCUUGUUGCACUGGAGGCUAGCAGGCAUGAGGUGGUGGUGGUGAGGGUGCAGGCUAUGGCCAGCGACGUGGAGCAUCCAAUUGGCAGCCAACAAGAUGUGCUGAACAGUGCCAUGGACUACAUAAAGAAUGAAAACGCACGGCAGCAGGCCAUCAUAGCGGCAGCAGAGUCCCGGCUGGCAAAGAGUGUUCUGUUCAGCAACACUGUUUCUGCUGAUGUCACUAUCACUGGUAGCAUCACCAUCUCUGGGGUGUUGAGCACAGGGCGUCUGUCAGCUGAGCGACUGGUGUUCCCCAACACAGACCUGCAGCAUGGUGUGACUCACCUUGAGUACCUACAGCACAUCAACACUGCCCGCCCUGGCCUAGACCUCUCUCAGAGCCUCCUGCAGGACAUCCAGGCUAUAGAGAAUGCACUCAUUUUUGCUGUGCCUGCAUCCGGCCCCAACAGAACCAUAGAGGGUGUGAAAACCAUAGUUGUCAACAGGCAGCUGGUCAUAAAUUCUCUGGUUGUUGAGCACCUAAGUGUGGGUCAGUUGCUUGAUGGUAGUGGUGCCCACUUCCCUCUGAAUGCUACAUUGUCUGCAGUAGUCAGAGGAGACCAGACAGGCGUGAUUAUUCGUGGCAAGAAGACCUUUUUGUCGAGGCUUUCUGUGCAGCAUCUCCACACUCCCUUCCUAGAUGACAUUCCCACCAGUGAUCUGGUGACAUUAAGUGGUCGCCAGAGUAUUGCUGGGGCUGUGUUUGCCAGAGGGCUGUGGGCUCAGGAGGUGAAGCUGAGGGCAGGUGGCACGCUUGGUGGAGUGGACUUGUCUCGGGUGGUGUUGCUGGGCCAGGCGGCAGUGCUGGGGAAGGUGACAUUUGCAUCCCAUGAAUUUGUGGCACGAUCAGUGCACGUGGUGUCUGGUGUGGUGGGUGGUGUAGACCUGACACGACUGUACAAUCACUCCCUCCUGGUGACUGGGGGACAAUUUGCUGGCUCGCUCCUCUUCACCACUGACCUCAAUGUGCAGGACCUUGUUGCUGGUGUGAUGAUGGGUGUGGAUAUGGCACGGCUAGCAGAGAGCAUUGUGUUCAGGGAUGAGGAUGCUGUGCUUGCAGGGAAGCUGCACUUUACACAGAUGGUGACUGUAGAGGGACACAUGACCACCAAGAGCAUCAAUGGCAGGCAGUUCCCAGGCGACUAUGCUGUGAAGACUGGCUCCUCUCCCCUCAUGUUCACAAACGAAGUGUCCUUUAACCAUGUGACAUUUGGUGAGGUGUCAUUUGGGCCUCAGGGUGUUGUGGACAGCAUCGCACCCCACCGAUUCUUGACCAGGACCACAGAUCAGACGGUGACUGGGAGAAAGGUCUUCAGUGCUGGUGUGGACAUCAUAGGACACCUGGACAUCACCACCAAACUCCUGGAUAAUGUGAACCUUGAUGCUCUCUUCUCAAGAAACCGCCGACCAUCCUCCCUGCCAGCCGAUAUGACGUUCAAUCUGAUAUUCAAGGGAGAUGUGCGGAUGCAGAGGCUCUUCACUCAGGGCACUGUGAAUGGGGUGGAUCUGUCUGGCCUAGCUGAGGAUCUGGUGUACAGGGAUGAAGAACAGGUGAGGAUAACUGGCAGGAAGGUGUUCCUUAAAGGGCUGACUCUCACCAAUGCCAGAUUCCAGGGAGGGUUCAAUGGCAUGGACCUGAGCUCGCUUGUCACCACCGACUCGGAUGUGGUCAUUAAUGGGGUCUUCACGUUUGCAAGGGAUGUGUUCUUCAGGAGUCUGGUUGUGAGACACGUGAAUGGUAUAGACCUGAAUGCUCUCCUUAGUAGUGCUCUCCACUUGAAUAAGGCAGGCCAGGUGAUACGUGGGCGGAAGGUGUUCCUGAAGAAGGUGGUGGUUGCGUCGCUGGUCAUUGAGGGAACCAUCAGGGGUAUAGAUUUCAGCAAAUUUGUCACAAAGAGUGGCAACCAAACUCUAACGGCACCACAGGUGUUCAAGACUGCAAACUUUGCUUUCCUGCGUGCCCAGAACAUCCACAUGUCCCAGGGGAUCAAGAUCAAUGGCAUCAAUCUGUCGGAGCUGGCACGCAGGAGGGUGCCACUCAGGGAGCCAGUGAGCCACACUGCCACCCUCACCAUUGAGGGGCUGCUGGAGCUUGCUGGUGGUGCAUCAAUUGGGAUCCUCAAUGGUGCAAACCUGGAGGAAUUGCUAAACACUGUAGUGACUGAUGAGGGUGACUUCACCAUUGAUGGGCAGGUGUCCUUGUCAUCACUGAGGGUUCUGGGAUCCGUCACGACACAGGGCAGUGUGGGAGGCAGCGGCAUCAGCCUCAGGAAUGUGGCCCAGAAUGGCAUCAAACUAUCUGCGAACAACCAGAUCACGGGCCACCUCAGCUUCUCCCAGGUGGAAGUGCGUGGGGAGGUGGCAGUGGGUGGCCUGGUGGAGGGUGUCCACCUGCAGCACCUCCAUGAGGAUGCUGUGUACAAUGACGUGCAGAACCUGCAGACCAUCACAGGGCCGAAGAUGUUUGAUGCAGGCUUCACAGUGCGGGGUAAAAUAAAUGCCAGGACUGUCAAUGGUGUGGACUUGGCCCAGAGUCUCCUGACCCGCACUACAGACCAGGUCAUCACUGGCCCCGUCACCUUCCGCAGAGUGGCUGCCCUCAAGAAAGUCUUCCUUCAUGGCAAAUUCAACAACUUUGACCUGAAGGCACUGGCACAGGAGACCAUCAUGAGGGGGAGGAAUGAAGAGAUUGUGACGGAGGACAUCACCUUCACUGGAAGGGUCACAGUGAGGAACCUUGUGCUACGAGGUGUGCUGCAGGGACCUCAGGGCACUGUUGACAUCGUUGCUCAUCUGGCUGAUGCUGUACGGCUGCAGGACACUGCCAUCACCAUCACUGGCAAGAAGGUUUUCACAGCUGGCCUCUCCUUUGGGAACCUUCACGUUGAGAUUCUGAACAGCCGCAAGCUGGACCGCUUCCUGGCUUUGGCGGUGACCCGCAACAGGCCGCACACCCUGACCGGCGCCGUGAGAGUGCGUGGCACUAUCACAGCACCUUGGAUCACUGCACAGCAGCUCACAGUGCAGGGCACCAUUGAUGGGGUGGACCUCCAGGCAUUGAGGCAGGUGGUGGUGGUCCUCUCUGGCCACCAGGCUGUGGAUGCUUCCUUGGUGUUCCGAGAUGCUGUACUGGUGCGUGGCAACCUGCAGACUGUGUUCCUGAAUGACCUUGUCCUGUCUGAGGGCUACCUAACCACCACCACUCACCAAACCUUCAACUUCAAUGUGACGCUUUCCUCAGCCCUUGCCAGCCACAUUGAGGUGCAAGGGCUUGUCAACUCGUGGAACCUCCCUCAAGAAUGGAACCGAACCUUGCUGGCUCUUGGUGGUCAGAGCUUGCCAGGAUCCCUCACACUGUCGGGUCAUGUGGUGGUGAAGCGUGACCUUGUAGUGACUGGUAGGGUAGGGAGGGGGCAAAUGGUGAAGCUGAGUCGGCAAGUGGUGUUGCUUGAUCGCAAGACGCAAGUAUCUGGCACCCUGAGCUUCACAGUGCCCCUGACAGUGGCCUGGCUCAAGAGCAGCACUGGCACAGUGAAUGGUGUGGACCUGGCACAGAUGUACAGAAGUGCCUGGUUUGUGGACACCACCACACAACUCUCCACCAGCGUGGCAUUCUUUGGGCGGGUUGUGGUGAAGCGUGCCUUCUUCACCCGAAGUACCAUUGAUGGCCUGGAUGUCCGUGGUGCAUACAGCAUCGCUAGGGCUGCUCGGGAUGGCUUCAGGAACAUCACCGUGCAGUUUGAAGCCGAGUUUGAGAGAAUCUGCCACCCCAUCGCCAGGCUGUACAACAAGCUUGAGGCAUGCAUGUAUGAGCCAGACCAUCUCGUUGUGCAUGGAGGCCUCCCACUCCCUGCUGUGCCCUUUGAGUCCAUCUCCUUUUUUGUUUUCGGCACCACAGCCCUCCUGAUGAGCUAUGAGGGCACUUGCCACCUGGACUUCUUCACCUGGCAGGAUGAAAACUUCGUACUGCGCCACAGACUGCAGCACGUGGGCCAGGGACGCCACUUCCACCUGCUGCAGGAUGAUGAAGACAAGGUCUUGGUGGCCAUGGCUGCAUCGCCCUUCAACAACACAUGUGAGCAAACCAACACAACAAUCUUCCAAGUGACUGCAUCUGGCAUUGAGGUAUAUCAGAGGCUUGGAGAGAGCAUGUAUAUCACUGAGGACAGCUAUGCUGGAUCCUCGUUGCUCUUGCACGGGCUGCGCUACACCUUGGCCUACACCUUGGAUACAAACACCCACCACUGGAACCUUGUGGCCACUCUGCCUCUCCAUGCUGGAGGUGUGAUGGUGCAUCCUGUCUACGGUGUGAUCCACUUGCUGCGGGACUACACCAAUGCCACCACCUAUGUGCAGCGUGCCAUUCCUGCCAUCAGUAGAGGCGGCAUUAGGCUGCUCUUCACCCUCUUCUCCACCGUCACCUCCUGCCAGGGCCCAGCACAUUACCUCAAGGUGUUCAGGGAGGUGGAUGGCGCCCACCACUGUGUUGCUGAGGCGGCACUUCCAACACUUCCUGCUGAUCUGACGGUGUUCUUUGCUGGUAGCAAGGCAGCAGGAUCUCACCUGGCUGUGGUCACCAUGCACUAUGACCAGUUCCCCAUUAUAUUCUCCUUUGCAGGUGAGGUGUUGUCCCGCUGGGGUGAGGUUGAGGUGGCCACCACAGCCAUCUGGGUGCAGCAUGCACUAGUGAGGCGUCCUGGCCGACACUUCCCAGACUACUACAUCCUCUUUAGCCCCCUGCAGCACCUUCCUGCACCCGAUACCACCACCCAUCCCACUACUGCUGGCCCCUAUGCUCCGUCCUCCUCCACUCCUAACCCUUAUAAUUCCUAUAGCCAACACCCCACUACUCCUAAGCCAUACACCACACAGACUGGUCACACCAACUACAAUCCUUAUACCAAUCCUUAUACUAAGCCAUACACCACACAGACUGGUCACACCAACUACAAUCCUUAUACCAAUCCUUAUACCACACCUUACAAUAGCAAUACCACACCUUACCCAUACAACCCCUACAGCCCCCCCUCCACCCUUAAGCCCUAUGAACUCUUUGCUGCCCCUGCCCAUCGCAUCACACGCUCCAUCUACGCAGACAGCACCACACCCGAUGUGUCUGUUAUCUAUCGCUUAGUCAUGAGAGGUUCUGCUGUGGCAGCAGCCAAUAUUACAUGUACCAGAACCAGUUAUUAAAUAUUGUUUUUUAAGGUCAUUGAAAUAUACUUCCAGUGUUA